UCUAGAGCAGCCGUUUGCCCUGACGUCACUGUCGCUGGAUCAGGCCGAACACUAGGAAAGAAAGACAGAUAUUUGAGCCAUGACACGCCCCCUGCAGGCUUUAUAUCUCAAACCAGCGGAAUACACUUCAGCUGCCUUUCUCUCCAGUCUUGUAAAAAGGAGAAUCCACACCUGCUUCAGACACAGGUAAUGUGUUUUAGUACUUGACCGACACUAACAGUACCUGACAUGGAUGUCCUUCUGGCGGCGAUAGAGAUCCUGACGGACCCAUCUUCCCAACAGGAGCACUUGAUUGAGACGAAUGAAGAUGAGCCAGAUCCAAGCACACCAUCUUGUGAUCACCCCAGUGUGUGUGGCAUUAGUGUGGAUUUGAAAAAAGGUGAUGGUGUUGAGGAUGGGGAAGCCUCUCACAUCUCUCCAGCCAACCAAGGUUCAACCAAACAAGAAACUGGUAAGAGGAAAAGGAGUUGCUCAAAAAAGAGCUCAAAAACAGGAGUUCGCUCUAACAAAUCAAAUCACCAUUGCUUCAAAUGCGGGCAAAGCUUCAAAACGUCUGUUCACUUUAAAAGACAUAAACUAGUUCAUUCAGGAGAGAGGCCUCAUGGUUGUCCUGAAUGCGACAAGAGGUUCAUUACGCUCCCUGAACUCAAAGUACAUCUGCGUGUUCACUCAGGAGAAAAACCCUACCACUGUUCUGAAUGUGGAAAGAGCUUUGCUCAGUCAGGGUCAUUUUCCAAUCACCGCAGGCUUCAUAGAAAUGAAAAACCCCAUCACUGCCCUGAGUGUAACAAGCGUUUCCAGCAACUUAUAGAUCUACGAAUUCACCAAAGGAUUCAUACGGGAGAGAAGCCGUACAUGUGCUCACAAUGCUGGAAGGCCUUUACUACAUCCGGAGCAUUACGAAUUCAUCUACGAACCCACACUGGUGAAAAACCUUACGAGUGCAAAGAAUGCGGGAAGACGUUCUGCCAGCUAGGUGGACUUAAAGUUCACAGACGUGUUCAUUCAGGAGAGAGGCCUUACGUUUGCUCCGUGUGCGAGAAGCGCUUCAAGGGACAUGCCAAUUUGAUCACACACAAGCGCAUUCACACUGGAGAAAAGCCUUAUCGGUGCACCGUAUGCAACAAGACGUUCACCGACAGCAGGAGGCUGAAAGAGCACCAGCCACCUCAGUCAGUAGAGAAACAGUUCCGGUGCGGCGUGUGCAGUGAAGCUUUCGGCGCUUUCUGUCAGCUUAAAGAACACCAGCAGUGUCACAAAGGAGAGAAGCACCAUCGCUGUACUGAGUGCGGAAAGGCCUUCACGCAUUUAUAUUUACUGAGGAGUCACCAGCGUGCACACUCCGAUGAGAGACCAUAUUCCUGCGCUGAAUGUGGAAAGGGCUUCCGCCGGUCAUUUGACCUGAAAAUGCACCUGAACACUCACAGUGAGACACGGCCUCAUCUUUGCUCGGAGUGUGGAAAGAGCUUCCGCAGGGCUGCAGAGCUUAGGAUACAUCUGAGAGUUCAUACGGGAGAAAAGCCUUAUCCCUGCUCCGUCUGCGGCAUGGGCUUCAAACAGACAUCACAACUCAAAGUGCAUGAGCGCACUCACACAGGAGAAAGGCCUUUCCUCUGCACGGACUGUGGGAAGACCUUCAAAGACAAGAGAAGCCUGCUAACACACCAGAGAGUGCACCAUAAAUAAAGAAAUUCUUCUAUUAUAAUAUAUAUUUGGAAUAUGCAGUGUAUUAUUGAGGGUUGAAAGCACUUUGGCCACAACAGGGACAUUUUAACAUGCUGAUGAUCACAUUACAGUAUGCUCUAUACUACUCUAGGGUAUAUUGGUACCUAAGACCCUACUGGGUAAAUGCAAAUUAGUGAAGAUUUUAUUCUUGCUUAUGUCUUAAACUGUCCACUCAAAGAUGUUUUGGGGAGUAUGUUCAGGAAUAUCAUACAUCUUGUUCAUUAUUUAUAGCUGUCUGACCUUCCUUUGAAGAGUUAUUGCUUAUGAAUUUCCAGGGUUUUUAUGCAGUAUUUGAAUUUAAUAUAACUUAAUGAUUUCUAUUUAUCUAGUAUAUGUGAUCCUGGACCACAAAACCAGUUAUAAGUCACUGGGGUAUAUUUGUAGCAAUAGCCAUCGUUUGCUUAGUUAUUUGCAUUGCUAAGAAAUUAUUUGGACAAAUUUA